UUGAAAUUUUAAGCUUUCUCUCUCUCUUUUCUUUACAGUGUUCAGUGAGAAUUAAACCAGAUUAAGACAAUUCAGCAGAUGGACACACGUUAGUGCUGAUGAUGCACGAUUCCAGCCUCUUUCACAGCUUCCUGACAGUGUAUGUUUGCUAAAAGAGCUCCCUGGGGACACAGAGCACUGUUUAAAGUCAGUAGGUGUCUUUAUGGUACAUUAUCUGCCCAGUCACCAAGUACAGCCAUUUGGAACUGGUUUUAGGGAUAGGGAGUAUCUUUCUCAGGAAGAGACUCUCAGGAAGAUUUGGGAUGGCACAACCUCGUAUCUCGGCCUACCUCCCCCCUGAAAUAGACCCCACCAAAGCUGCCGUGGCCUUUGGGAGGAGGGCCCUUCCUAAACUGAACGAGGAGUUGCAGUCUCCCGAGCUGCUGACGCAGCAGCGAGCGCUGAUGGCUCUCUGCGAUCUGGUCCACGAUCCAGAAAAAGUCUACCAGGCAAUAGCAUUAGGAUUCUUGGAUAGCCUGAAGACUUUGCUGGUGCAUCAAGACCAAACUGUCCGGCGGAAAACAACAGAAGUUCUUUCUAUAAUGGCUUUGCACAGCAUUGGCAGGGAAGGGCUAAUACGAAGUGGAGUCAUUUCUGCCCUCACUGGGCUCCUGGAUGAUCCAGUAGAUAUCUGUCGGAAGAACACCCAUCAGAUUUUCGACAUGCUGGCAAAAUUACCUGAAGGGGCUGGUGGUGUCCUGCAGGCUGGUUUGAUUCCCCCACUGGUCCUGAAGUUGAAGACAGAGUUGGAUGAGAUCCAGGAGCUAAUCCUUGGUACACUCUCCAACUGCCUCCGUGUGGAGGUUUCUGAAGCCCUGGCAGCUGGUGCUGUUACUGUGCUGAAAGAAAAGCUCUCACACCCCUCCACAGCCAUCAGGAGCAAAGCAGCCUGGGUCCUCUUAGAAAUCAGCUCUCAUGCUGAGGGGAAAAUCGCCGUGUGCGAAGAAGAGGUGAUUCCUGUGCUGCUGAGGCUGCUGGAAGACACACAGCCCGAAGUCCAAGUCAACUCAACGGGAGCGCUGAUGUUCGCUCUCGUUACACCUCAGGGGAGAUCCUCAGCCAUGGGUGCUGAAGCCAUUCCACCUUUACUGAUGCUGGUUGCUGAGGAAACCAGCAAAGCGCGUUUGAAUGCAAUCAAAGCCCUCACCCUGCUGGCUGAGCUGCCAGAGGGCCGCCACACGCUGCUGGCUCACAGGGACACGUUUCAGCGGUGUCUGGAUGAUCCCAGCGAGGCCGUGCAAAGAGCUGCCGAAAUCGCCAUCACCGUGAUCGACUGGAAACCCUUCUGCAGCCGCGAUCUUUUCUAGAGAUCUAUUGCCCUCUGUUGUUGUCUGGCUGUAAAAGGUACAUGAUUACAUGAGACCUUCAA